AAAGUAACUUCGACAUCCCUUUCAGACACAACAAAAAAAUUCUUGAAGCAAAUUUCAUUUUCCAAUGAAAGCGUCGACUACGAAACAAAAGCGCGCGCACAACGAGUGAAACAAACAAGCUAGAUAAAUUUUACAAAAAUUUAAAUAUAAAAUUCGACUGAUUGGACCAGUUGCAAGCCGAAACAAAGAUGGAUGACUCACGCGAAGAAAGCCAGUUCAUUGUGGAUGAUGUGAGCAAGACGAUUAAGGAGGCCAUCGAGACGACCAUCGGGGGCAAUGCUUACCAGCACGACAAGGUGAACAACUGGACCGGCCAGGUGGUGGAAAACUGCCUGACGGUGCUCACCAAGGAGCAGAAGCCCUACAAGUACAUUGUCACGGCCAUGAUUAUGCAGAAGAACGGAGCCGGACUGCACACAGCCAGUUCCUGCUACUGGAACAACGACACAGACGGCAGCUGCACCGUGCGCUGGGAGAACAAGACCAUGUACUGCAUUGUGUCCGUCUUUGGCCUGGCCGUUUAGACGCGAUUCGCGGAUGCGAAUGCCAACCAAGAAGCAACAUAGAAGCAACACACAAACAACUAACUAAUAAGGGGGAGGGAUUAACAAGAUUGCCGACGUAAAUAAUAUUUCCAGAACAGACAGAGAAACAAGGACAGAAACACGAACGCAGCCCGGACCAGGACUCGGACUCGGCCUCGGCCUCGGCAAUGAAUAUUUCAAAUGGAGAGGACACACUUAUCAGCAUUAUGUUUACUCGAUUUUGGCGCACGCCAUCCUGAACGUGUUGGAGGUGUACGCGCCUCUAGAUAUUCUUCAAUUUAAAUCAAUAAAUAAAGUAAUGUAAAAAUAAA